CAUAAAUCAAGGACUGUGGCUGGGCAAAUUACUAGUUAUUAUAUGUUUACCAUGCCUAGAAUAUCCAUAAGCCAUAACAAAAUAUACCUUAUCUGCGGGGUUUUAGGUCAUCAGUCCGCGACCAUGUUUGCUCGUGCUGUUCCAUCGAGCUUCGCCACUGGCUCCCUGCCACUGCAGGUGGAGCGCGGGGAUGCCCGGAUUGUGUGCCGGAAGCCCGACAUCCACCCCGCGUUUUUCAGCGAGGCCAAGGUAUUCUGCAAGGGCGAGCACGUGAUGACGACGGGCGGCACCCAGGCGGAGUACGUGGUGGACAUUUGGUCCGGGAACCACCCCUUCUACCAGGGCGGCAAGUCCGGCGUCGUCAUGACCACCGACCAGCUCGAGAAGUUCCGCCGCAAGUACGGCAGCCUCGGCUCCAUGAACAACAUCCCCGUCAUCACCAACAGCGUGCCCAAGUUCGACAAGAAGGGCAAGAAGCCCGACAAGAAGAAGAAGCGCUAGAGGAGAUGCGCAACGGAAUGUUCUGUGCCGCUGGUGGCAUAUUCUGGUUCCGCUGACGGAAUAUGCUCCAUCCAUUUUUAGUUGCCCUUGCGCGUAUAUAAAGGAGGUGUGGCCCGCAAGCCCUAUAAUCAUAAAUCAUGGCUGACA